AUGCUCGGAUUUGACUUUUUGACUCCCAAAGAGCGACAUGAUCAACGAUGGAGAGCCAGAUAUGAGCGUCUCAAAGUAUUCAAAUCAAUUUUUGGACACACAAGAGUCCCUAGACUUCCCCGAAAAUGGGACAACGAAGAAAUGAAGCCCUGGUGCGAGGCGCUGGGUACUUGGGUCAUGUGUCAGCGAACUAAAGCAAACACACUGAAGAUGCUUCCCUGGAGAAAGACGCUGCUGAAUGAUAUUGGGUUUGAGUACUCAAUAAUGGGCUCAGCUUGCAAGUGCCCUGCUGAUGAUACUGAGGUAGACGACAAGAUGGAGGAAUCAUCGCAGGAUUCAGCUGAUGCCGAAACGGAGAAAGGCAUUGCAGAGGACACCGUUUCUUCUCUUGCAAAUUACUCUGAUGCCAACUGCAAGGAGAGGGCAUGGUUUGACCAAUACAACCGACUUGUCAAUUUCAGGAAUGAAAAGGCGCACGCUGUUGUUCCCUACUACUACAAGGAAGACCCCAAUUUUGCACGCUGGGUCGCCAAACAGAGGCAUUUUCCCCAUCAAAAUAGAAUGCGUCCAAACCGGAAAAGGCUUCUCAAUGAGCUAGGAUUCAUUUGGGAUGCUACAAGGCUUCCGUGGGAAGAGCAAUUUGAAAGAGUUGUUCAAUUCAAAAAAGAAAACAAAUACCUUGAGAUUCCUCACGACAAUCAAGAUCUUUGGUUCUGGCUAUGGAGUCAGAAGAAUAAGGCUUGCAACGGUGAACUUGCCCAUGAACAUGCUCAGAAACUGAGCUCCAUUGGGAUUGAACUGGGGGAUGCCCCAACCUGUGCCAUCACCCCUCGGAACGACGACGGGUGGAUGAAACCAAAUCUUCUUACCCAGAAGAGGAAAGUUUGA